CGCCUCUUUCGCCUCGUCAUCCUCAUCGCCUCGCCAUCCCCAUCGCUAUGGCCGACAACGCUGCAGCUCCUCCUCCUCUCAAGUACACCGACACCCAGCAGUGUCGCCGUGCGGUCGGCCGACUGAACCGCCAGAACAGCAGACCGCGCUGGAGUCCUGACAGCCUGAAGUGGUUCUCCAUCGACGGGUCUGUGGUCACCCAGAUAGCCAUUCCUGUUGUGCUCCUUACCCUCUGGACAGCCCUCUGGUGCUGCUUCUUCAUUAUUACUCGAACCAGAGGCCUUCCUGCUUCUUUGAUCCCGAUUCUGUCUGUUGUUGUCGGUCUACUGCUUGUUUUCCGCACCAACGCUGCCUAUGACCGCUAUUACGAGGGUCGCCGUCUUUGGGCCAGCAUGACUGUUGUUCUGCGGAAUCUCGCACGCACGGUGUGGAUCUCUUGCCCAGAGCCAACCGUCAAGGAGCAGCACGAGAAGGCAAUCGCCUUCAACCUGAUCAAGGCCUUCCCUGUGGCCGUCAAGCACCACCUGCGCGCCGAGCACGGCAUCGACGGCACGGCCGAAAAACUGGCCGGUCUCCUGCCGCCCCUCCCUGAGUUUGAAACAUUCCACACCUCCGAGUUUAUCCAGAAUGUUCAACAACGCUACGCGAAUCCUUCCGUCAGAACCUCCGUCCCUGCUUCGUCUCCCGAAAUCAACUCUCCGGCGGCUGGGACUGCACGAAACAGCGAUACCGUUAUAGAUCUGCCCAUGUCGGCGCUGCGGCGCUCCAAGGUAGAUUUGAUAGCUGCCUACCACGCGGACGACUCCUCACGCCAUUUCCACGAUUACCGCUGCAACUGUGUCAAGAUACCGAUCGAAAUCGUCAAUCUUCUGGCCGCCUUUGUGUUCAAGCGUCGAGACCGCAUCAACAUGAUGACAUUCUCGAGCCUCAACAGCAACGUUGCAUCCCUCGUCGACAUCCUCACUGGACUGGAUCGAAUUCUGUCCACCCCGGUGCCAUCCGCAUACCGCCUGCAUUUGCGACACACUGUCCUGCUCUACUUGCUUGUGCUUCCAUUCCAGCUGGUCAAUGACCUCCAGUGGUGGCUGAUUCCUUGCAUGACCAUCGUCUCGUUCACCCUGUUUGGCAUUGAGGCAAUCGGAGCCGAGAUCGAGAAUCCCUUUGGAACGGAUCCGAAUGAUCUUCCGAUCGAAGACUACUGCGACCUCAUCCGCGAUGACAUUGACCUCAUCAUGGCUCGUGAGUCGCCAAAGGCCGAUAACUGGGACGCCUUUGUGAGCGACACCCGCUUGACCAUCCGCGACCUCGAUCCGGAUGGCAAGCGAAACUCGCGCACUCAGUCUGCCGUCGACAGCUACGGUAGCUAUGGCAGCUAUGGGCCCAUGCGCACGCAGCUCUCUGCCGAGAGCCAGAUCUAGCUGGCUCGGGUGCGAUGCACAACGACAGCAUCGUGGCUGCUGUGAUCUUGAACAGCCUCGGAUAUGACGGCUUUGACUGCCGUGGCCCCCUCCCUCCGAGGCUUUGAGCCGGGCAAAUAGAAUUGAUCACAGCUCA